AUGGAACCAAUAAAUAAUAGUGUUGAAGAAUUUGAAAGAAUUAAAUCAAAAUUAGUUAAUGGAAGAUAUGAAAACCCAUUCGGACACAUUGUAUCAACAUCAGAAGUAUUUAGUUGGUUUAGAAAACGUAGACAAUUCCAUCCAAUUAAACCAUUAACAGAACAUGAAAAAACUGUAUUACAUCCAGUUUUAAAACCAGAUUUUCAACUUUUAUCAUCUGAAUACAAUCAUGAAACUACAAUUAGAUCGACUUGGAUUGGCCAUAGUACCGUAUUGGUCCAAAUAGAGGGUUAUAAUUUCUUAACUGAUCCAGUUUGGUCAGAAAGAUGCACACCAUUUCCUUCGCUUCCUUUAGGUCCUGCCCGUUAUACCAAACCAGCAUGUAAAAUUUCAGAAUUACCAAAAAUUGAUUUUGUAGUUAUUAGUCAUACACAUUAUGAUCAUUUAGACCAUAAUUCAGUUUGUGAAAUCAAUAAAAUUUUUAAACCAAAAUUCUUUGUUCCAUUUGGUAUGAAACAAUGGUUUUUAGAUUCAGGUAUUACAGAUGUCGAAGAGUUAGAUUGGUGGCAAGAAACCACAUUCAAAGAUAAUUUAAAAUUAAUUUAUACACCAGUUAAUCAUAGUUCACAAAGAGGUUUACUCGAUAAAAACAAAACACUAUGGGGUGGAUGGAUUGUUAAAGGAAAACAUCAAUCAUUUUAUUUUGCAGGUGAUACAGCUUAUAACGAUAAAUUAUUCAAGGUUAUUGGACAUCACUAUGGACCAUUCAAUUUUGCAUUGAUUCCAAUUGGUGCCUAUGAUAUGGUUAGAGAAUUUAUGAGACACAAUCACAUCGAUCCAGAAGAAGCAGUACGUAUUCAUAAAGAAAUUAAAUCAAAACGUUCAUUCGGUGUUCAUUGGGGCACAUUCAUAUUGACAUGUGAACCGCUAUUAGAGCCACCAAAGAAAUUAUAUGAAGAAUCUCAAAAGCAAGGUUUAAAAGAAAAUGAAUUUUUCGUUUCAAAGAUUGGUGAAACAAAUAUCCAAAGUGAAAAUUUUAAAGAGUUAUAG